CAAGCGAGAGUGGAGGGAGCUUUCGAACAAUAAACGUAGGCAAGAAAUGGCGAUGUCGAGCUUGAGAAGAAGGAAGGUCAUCUUUCAAUCUUUCUCAAAUUUAUGUGGUUAUGUUGGACGUGUUGCAUAUGCCACAAAAAGGACUAUUGAUUUUGGGCAGCCAACUUCACUCUCUCAUCCUGAGUUAGUGGGUGAAGAUGAGAUUACACCUGGGAUAGCAACUGAUGAAUAUAUUUCAAGAAGGAAAAGGCUUCUGGAGUUGCUCCCUGAAAAGAGCUUGGCUAUCAUUGCUUCUGCCUCUGUGAAAAUGAUGACAGAUGUUGUGCCCUACCCAUUUAGACAAGAUGCUGAUUUUCUUUAUAUUACAGGUUGCUUGCAACCUGGUGGUAUAGCAGUUCUAAGCGAAGAGUGUGGCCUUUGUAUGUUUAUGCCAGAUCCAGAUCCUCACGAUGCAAUUUGGCAAGGUCAAGUUGCCGGAGUGGAAGCAGCCUUGGAAUUUUUCAAGGCUGAUAAAGCAUUUCCACUGAGUGCGAUGCACAAGAUCCUUCCUCAAAUGAUGAGACAAGCAUCGAGAUUGUUUCACAAUGUAAAGACAGCAUCACCAUCUUAUACAGAGAUGGAGCCCUUUAUUAAGGCAUCUUUCAACAACAAAGUCAAAGAUCUUUCAGCCUAUACUCAUGAAUUACAGUGGAUAAAGUCUGCGUCUGAACUCAAGUUGAUGAGGACUUCUGCAUCAAUUGCAUGUCAGUCUUUGUUGCAAACCAUGUUGCUUUCAAGAAUAUUUCCAGAAGAGAGCAAGUUGUCAGCUAAGGUUGAAUAUGAGUGCAAGAUGAGAGGUGCUCAAAGAAUGGCGUUCAAUCCUGUAGUUGGUGGGGGUGUCAAUGGUAGCGUUAUACACUACUCACGAAAUGAUCAGAAAAUUAGAGCUGGAGAUCUUGUAUUAAUGGAUGUUGGUUGUGAGUUUCAUGGUUACUUAAGUGACUUAACCCGCACAUGGCCUCCUUGUGGUAGCUUUAGCCCUGCUCAGGAAAUAUUGUAUAGUCUGAUUCUGGAGACAAAUAAGGAAUGCUUGAAGCUAUGCAGACCAGGCAUCAGCCUUCAGCAAAUUCAUAAUUAUUCGGUUAAAAUGCUUAGGAGAGGACUCAAGGAGAUUGGUGUUCUGAAUGAUGAAGUCAGUCACUUGUACCAUCAGCUAAAUCCAACAUCAAUAGGUCAUUAUUUAGGAAUGGAUAUUCACGACUGUGCCAUGAUUAAUAAUGACCGUCCUCUGGAGCCUGGUGUUGUGAUCACAAUUGAGCCUGGAGUGUAUAUCCCUUCAUCUUAUGAUGGACCAGAGAGGUACUGUGGCAUCGGAAUAAGGAUUGAAGAUGAAGUUCUCAUUACUGAAACUGGCCACGAGGUGCUUACUGGAUCAAUGCCCAAAGAGAUUCAACAUAUUAAAUCUUUGCUGAACUACACACAUGGUGAAGCUUCGGAAGCCUCUGACUUGAUAACGGCAUUUAACUAAGGCGAUGCAGAAGAUCCCAAGUACCAAAGAUCGAUUACAUGGCAUAGAAAACAUCCCCUUAAGAGAGAGAGCGCCCAUAGGAAAUAUCUGUAACCACGAGACCAAAGUAAAAUUGGAAACUAAUUAGAGCUGUACCUGACGGAAUCUUUCACAUAUUUGAUGCUGUGACUUCACGGAAAGAACGAGCAGUGACGACGUUCUAAAAAGAAACUUUUUUUUUUUUGAGCAAUUCAAUAGUGCCCCGCUAUCUAAGAGGGUUUUUGAGCAAUUCAAUAUAUAGCCAUCAAACUUUUUAUUUGGCUGCA